AUGAAAUUCCUAGCGUUAGCAGUGAUCAUAGUGGCGGUCGUGGCUGCAAUUGUGGGCCCGCAGCUCUUUUUCGUGGUAGAUGAAAAAGAGCAGGCCAUCGUCACCCGCUUCGGAGAAGUUCGGCAGUCUGUCAGGAGUCCAGGACUCUACAUAAAGGCUCCCUUCGUCGAUACAACGACAUACUUCGACAAGCGCCUGCUGAGUUUCGACGCGCCACCGGAGUCUCUACUAACCAAGGACAAGAAGCGCCUCAUCAUUGACGUUUACGCAAGGGGACGGAUAGUCGACCCUGUGCUGUUCAGGCAGACUGUCCAGACGGAGAGCCAGGGCAAGGCGCGAGCGGUCGACAUAAUCACGUCAGAAUUGCGGCGGGAGAUCGCGAGCGACAACCAGGCUGAGAUCAUCACAACCAAGCGCGAAGACAUCAUGGUGCGGGUUCAAGCCAUCGUUCAGCCCAAGCUGAGGGAAUUUGGACUCGACAUCAUAGACGUAAGGAUCAAGCGCGCUGAUUUUCCACCUGAGAUUGCGGAGUCUGUGUACUCAAGAAUGCAGUCUGAGCGCAAGAGGAAGGCGGACAAGGAGCGGGCCGAGGGCCAGGAAAUCGACGCACAAGUCCGCGCCGCGGUUGACCGCGAAGCCGCAAUCAUUAAAGCCGGCGCCCAGAGAACGGCGGACAUUACCAGGGGUGAGGGCGAGGCUGAGGCAAUCAAGAUUUUCGCUGAAGCAAUCUCGGCCGAUCCUGAAUUCUAUAAGUUCCAGAGGUCCCUUGAGGCCUAUCGCAAGAUCUUCGAAAUCAACUCAACUGUGGUGCUUCCAGCGGACAGUGAUCUGUUCGAGUUCUUGCAGUCCAAAGAAGGCUUAAACGAGAGCUUUGCUUCUCCCUGA